AUGGCAGCAAAGCUCUGGACCUUCCUGCUGGGCUUUGGGCUCAGCUGGGUGUGGCCAGCUUCUGCCCACCGGAAGCUCCUGGUGUUGCUCCUGGAUGGUUUUCGCUCAGACUACAUCAGUGAAGAUGCCCUAGCAUCCUUGCCGGGCUUCCGAGAGAUUGUGAACAGAGGAGUCAAAGUGGAUUACCUCACUCCAGACUUUCCCAGCCUCUCCUAUCCCAAUUACUACACCCUCAUGACCGGCUGUGAAGUUGAGAUUCUUGGUGUCAGACCAACUUACUGCCUAGAAUAUAAAACUGUCCCAACGGAUAUCAACUUUGCGAAUGCAGUUAGCGAUGCUCUCGACUCAUUAAAGAGUGGCCGAGCAGAUCUAGCAGCCAUAUACCACGAGCGCAUCGACGUAGAAGGUCACCACUACGGCCCCUCAUCACCUCAGAGAAAAGAUGCCCUCAGAGCUGUGGACACUGUCCUGAAGUAUAUGAUCCAGUGGAUUCAGGACCGAGGCCUGCAGCAUGACCUUAACGUCAUCCUUUUCUCAGACCAUGGGAUGACCGACAUCUUCUGGAUGGAUAAAGUGAUUGAGCUGAGCAACUACAUCAGCCUGGAUGACCUGCAGCAAGUGAAAGACCGAGGGCCCGUUGUGAGCCUGUGGCCAGCCCCCGGAAAACACUCUGAGAUAUAUCAGAAACUCCGCACAGUGGAACACAUGACCGUGUAUGAGAAAGAAGCAAUACCCAACAGGUUCUAUUACAAGAAAGGGAAAUUUGUCUCUCCCUUGACCCUGGUGGCUGAUGAAGGGUGGUUCAUAGCAGAGAGCCGAGAGAUGCUUCCAUUUUGGAUGAACAGCACGGGCAAGCGUGAAGGCUGGCAGCACGGAUGGCAUGGAUAUGACAAUGAGCUCAUGGACAUGAGAGGCAUCUUCCUGGCCAUCGGACCUGAUUUCAAGUCCAACUUCAGAGCUGCUCCGAUCAGGUCCGUGGACGUCUACAACAUCAUGUGCAAUGUCGCAGGCAUCACCCCACUGCCCAACAACGGGUCCUGGUCCAGGGUGGCAUGCAUGUUGAAGGGCCAGACCAGCUCCACUCCAUCCGCCCCACUGAACAGCUGUGCACUGAUCUUGAUUGUCCUCUUAUACUUUGUAUAGCUGACCCUAUGGCUCAUUCCAAAGCACUGCUGCAGUAAAGCCUGUCUCCAACAUGG